AUGAUUCCACCCGCCAGGCUCACCCCGCUGGCCCUCCUUAAAACCCCGCCCCUGGAGGCGGGACGCCACGGGGCUGCAGUGCUGGAAACAGGGAUGUCCCCGCUCUGUCCGGGCCCCUCAGCCCUCCCUGUCCAUGCCUCUGGGGGGCGUUGUAACCGGAGGCGCCUCAGUGCCCUGUCCUGCCCUUCCCUGUCCCCCUCUCCCAUUUCAUCCUCCAUUUUUGAAGUCCGCAUUGGGGAGGGGGAGGGAGUGGCCUCGCAGAGGGGCCCGUACGGGGAGCGGGACGACCAGCAAGUUUUCAUCCAGAAGGUGGUGCCCACCUCCAGCCAGCUCUUUGUGCGGCUCUCAUCUACGGGGCAGCGUUCCUUGUGGCCUCUACCCCAACCCCUGGCCUCUGCUCUGAGCCCUGGCCUCUGCCCCUGGGAGCCUGACCCAGUCCCUGUCCCUGCAGAGGGAGGCCUGACCGAAGAGGAGCUGUUGGAGCAGCUGGAGCAGUGUGAGCUGGCCCCUCCUGGGCUGUGGAGCCUGACCCCCAGCCCCUCGCCCCGGAAUUCCCUCUACAGUUCCCAGUCAGAGACUUCCAUAGACUCCAAUCCGAGUCACCAAGGGAGCCCAGGCCCCCCACAGCCAGAGAUGCGGAGGCGGGGGGCUGGUAGCUUUGUGGAACGGUGUCAGGAGCUAGCCCGGAGCGGGCCGGACCCCCGCUGGCCCCCUGCCCCUGCCCCCCGGCCUCGUCCAGGCUCUAGGAGGCCCUGCUGUCCCCCACCCCCCAUAGCUCACUGAGUGAGAUGUCCUUCUGAAUGCCGGCCUUCCUAGGGGAGGACUUGUGACGUGCCUUUGGACAGCCAUCCUCUAUCUGUCCGUUCUGUUCCCUUGCCUCCCUGGGGUCGGGGUGGACUCCCUGUUACAGCCCUGCCAGAAGAAGCCAAAGUUGCCCCGCGUUUCUCUCCGCUCCACACCAAUAAAGUGUUCCCCACUCUUGC